UCAGGAAAAUAAUGAGGGAGGAUUUUCCAAAUAUAGAACACCAGUUUGAUCCAUGGCAUACCGCAAAAGCAAUAAAAAAAAAACUGGUUUUGGCAUCCAAUCGCAAGAACUGCAUGGACCUUGCUCCUUGGAUAAAGAGUGUGAGCAAUCACAUGUGGUGGAGCUGUAGUUCAUCAAAAGGAGAUACAAAGGAAUUGCUGAGACGAUGGAGGUCAAUUCUCCAUCAUAUCUGUGGGGUCCAUCGCUGGGAAGAAGAUGGCAUGAUUUAUAAAUGCUAUCACACUGAGCUGCCAGCGGAUGUGCAAAGGAAAAAGAAGUGGUUGGCAGAAGACUCCCCGGCCUACAAGGCCCUUUAUGAAGUGUGCAUGAAUGCACGACUUUUGAAAGACCUGGAACAAAUGGCACUGUUCAAACACACGGGACAACUUGAGGUGUACCAUAACGUCCUACUGAAAUACUGUCCCAAAAGAUUGCACUUCGAAUUUGCGUCAAUGCAAGCACGAACAAUGUUGGCAGUCAUGGACCAUAAUGAAAACCACAACACACAAAGAGAAAUAGCAAAAACAGCAUCUGGCCUCCUAAGACACAAUGUGAUUUUCCAAAAACAAUCCAAACAAUGGAUUGCCAGACCUGUCUACCAGGAAACAACUCAGACUUUCAGGAACGACAUGAUGGAUGCUGUCAUUCAGAGAAGGCUGGAUCCAUCUGUAAAAUACCAAGACCCCUCAUCCCAUUUCAAAGUUCCCCGUUUGGCUGCUAACAUCGCCAGAGUUUCGAAACCCAUGAAGGAGGAUGCCAUUGCCCGACACACAUCAAGGUUCACAGGUCCAGACUCAUAAUAGUAUGCUAGGGUUAUAAAUAAAUAAAUGGUUACCCCCCCCCCUAGCAUUCCAUAGACCAUUUAUUCAUUUUGUCACCACUGCUACCCAAACAGCCUUUUUUAUAUUAUUGUUGUAUA